AAUAAAAAUAAAGGAGAGGGAGGGGGAGCUGAAAAUUCCAUUGAGAAGCGAAAAAAAACGUAGCGAGAGAAAUUACGACGUCUGCAGGGCACAGCAGCAGCCAAGACGAAACGAAAAUAUAAAAACAAAUUGUGAAUACAUUGCUGUUGUGUUACAGAAACAACAGUAACAGAGAUAUAGAAAAUUACCAACCGAAAAUAGCAAAAUCCUGUAACGCGACAAAGCGGCUAACUAGCUCCAACAAAAAAGAAAGAAAAGAAAAAUUCAACAGCAGCAGGAGUAGCAUACAAAGUAGAAAAGUGCGUGUGUUGUUGGCCAACGUGCCAGUGCGUGCGUGUGCGUGUGUGCAGCUAGUGCAAUCCAGUGCAGUAGACAGCGCACACCAUAGAAUACGCUCACUCAGUGUGGGCGCCAUCUGUAGCAACAGCAACAGCAACAGGAAGAGGAAGAGGAAUAGCCACAGCCACAGCCACAGCCACAAUCCAAUUCACAGCGUACUGCAAACAUGUCUUCGAAUAAUCAAUCGAGCGGCGUCGCUGCCCAAGUGGCAACAAGUGCCAAUCAGCGAGGUGGCAACGCCACCAACUCCACGGAUGCCACAGACACGCAUCACGGCAGCAGCAGCAAUAGUAGCAGCAGCAACAACAAUAACGCCAGUGCCAAUGCCAACGCCUCCGCCACGGGCAAUGCCACAGCAAGCAGCAACAGCAACUCGAAUGCCGCCAGCGCUGGCCACGAUAGUCCCACGCAUAAGGCGCAUGGCGGACACGCAGCGGUCAACACCAAAGAGCGCGUUGUCGACAGCGUUCCAUUUCCACCCAGUCACAAGCUGACGCUGGCCGAGGUAUUCGAUGCGCGCACCGGCAAACCCAAUCACGAGCUGCUCAAGCAGCACUUCAUUUUGGAGGGCCGGAUCGAGGAGGCGCCGGCACUGCGCAUCAUCCAGGAGGGCGCCGCCCUGCUGCGGCACGAAAAGACAAUGAUCGAUAUUGAGGCGCCGGUUACUGUGUGCGGCGACAUCCACGGCCAGUUCUAUGAUCUCAUGAAGCUAUUUGAGGUGGGCGGAUCGCCGGCAACAACAAAGUAUCUGUUCCUGGGCGACUAUGUGGACCGGGGCUACUUCAGCAUUGAGUGCGUCCUCUAUUUGUGGUCGCUGAAGAUCACGUAUCCGCAGACGCUGUUCCUGCUGCGCGGCAAUCACGAGUGCCGGCAUCUGACCGAGUACUUCACCUUCAAGCAGGAGUGCAAGAUCAAAUACUCGGAGCGCGUGUACGACGCGUGCAUGGAUGCGUUCGACUGCCUGCCGUUGGCGGCGUUGAUGAACCAGCAGUUCCUCUGCGUGCACGGCGGACUGUCGCCGGAGAUACACGAGCUGGAGGACAUUAGGCGGCUGGAUAGAUUCAAGGAGCCGCCCGCCUUUNAUAAAAAAAAAUUUUAA